AUGGGUUGCGGCGCUUCGGUGCAGGGUGGUAAGGACUCUGCAAAUGGUGGAAAAAAGUCCACAACAGGUUUCGCAUCGUCCAGCCUGAUCGUCGACAACCAGGGCAAGAUCACGCAGUAUUAUGACAUUGACAAGAAGAAGAUCGGCGAGGGCUCCUACGGCUCUGUUUGCAAAGCGCGAAACAAGGCCACCAAAGCCAUGCGUGCCAUCAAGACAAUCAACAAGGCCGCCCUGAAGAGUCCCGAAGCGUUCAGGAAGGAGAUUCAGAUCAUGAAGAUCCUGGAUCAUCCCAACAUCUGCAAGCUCUACGAAUCGUUCCAAGAUCAUCGCAACAUCUACUUGGUGCUGGAACUCUGCACCGGCGGUGAGCUGUUCGAUCGAAUCAUCGAAUAUGGCCAUCUGACGGAGAAGCAGGCUGCGUUGUUGAUGCAGAACAUGUUCAGGGCCAUUUACUACAUGCACCAGAGCCACUACACUCAUCGUGAUCUCAAGCCGGAAAACUUCAUUUUCACGACGAAGGAAGCCAUCGAGAAAAGCACGCUGAAGUUGAUCGAUUUUGGUCUGGCGCGAGAAUUCACACCUGAUCAGGUGUUGCAGACCAAAGCCGGCACGCCGUACUAUGUGGCGCCACAGGUCUUGGCAGGAAAAUAUGACCACAUGGCUGACAUGUGGAGCCUGGGUGUCAUCAUGUACGUUAUGUUGUGCGGCUAUCCUCCGUUCUAUGGAGAUUCAGACCAGGAGGUUCUUGACGAGGUCCGUCAAGGAAAGGUGAAGUUCCAGCCAGCUGACUGGAAGAAUGUAUCUGAUGAUGCGAAGGCAUUGAUCAAGAAUCUUCUCCAGAUGAACCCGAAGGACCGAUACACUGCCGAACAGGCGCUGAACGAUGUUUGGAUCAAAGAGAAGGCCCCCAAGGCCAAGGAUGUGAACCUGCAGGACGGAUUUGUCGAUAAACUUCGAGGCUUCCUCUCUCAGAACAAGCUCAAGAAAGCUGCCUUGCAAGUCAUUGCAAGCAGUCUCGAUGACAAGCAGAUCCAGGCCCUAAAGGAGACCUUCAUGUCACUGGACGAGAACGGAGAUGGUCUGCUGACCGCAGCCGAGCUCAAAGCUGGCUUGGAGAAGGGCGGCGUGAUGGACAUAGCAGCGGACUUGCAGGAAAUCAUGAGAAGUAUUGAUGCUGAUGGAAGUGGUGUCAUUGACUACACCGAAUUUCUUGCUGCCACGUUGGAUAGGAAACAUUAUAUGGAGGAAGAUGCGUGCUGGCAAGCUUUCCGAGUUUUCGAUCGCGAUGGCAACGGAACAAUCAGCCAGAAAGAGCUUGCUGAAGUGUUGGCAAGCGACGAUGUGCAGGGCAAGUUUCACAAGGAUUUGGCGGAGUUGUUAAAGCAGGUCGACACAAAUGGAGAUGGAGAAAUUGAUUUCCAGGAGUUUAUGGAGAUGAUGAGGAGCUGA